CUUACUGUAUCGAGUUGCCAAACGGAGCACUGCACCAGAUUUUGAUCGCCGGAUGGGCAUUUGCUCCCCGGACCCAAGUGACCGACGUCUUCACUGCGCUCAGGCCCAUCUUGAGUCUUGACGCGUGUGAGCUGCAACCAUCCCACUGGGUUCGAGUUCUCGAUUCUUUGCGGCUCAAACUACACUCUGGAUACCCAUCCUUUCUCUGACGCACUAUGGAUUGUUUGGAGCUUAACAUACGUCAACUCAUAUUGACUGACCUCGCAAUCAAUGUCGGAGAGGCAAAGGAAGACGUACACAAUACAGACGUUGCGGCCGCAAUAGACUUGGUGACGUCGAAUGUUGAGACGCGUGCUGUGGAGGAUGCAGACGAAGAGGAGGAUGCUGAGGAAGCGAGAGUCUUCAUGUCAAACUCCAGGGUGCAAUGCAGUAUUGGAUUCGCGGAACUCGCCGUAAGCUUGCCCGACGUGCACGUAGAGCAAACAGUCCCCGUGCUUGUGGACAUCCUGCGUGAUGUUCCCUACAUCGACUUCGACCAAUGUCUGUUCUGGGAAGAAUGGGCACUGCCUGAUCAGCUCGUCUUUUCUACGGUGUCUGCCUUACUUCAGAUUGCCAAUACUCAUUCGGAGUAUCGUGGGCAUGCAUUCGACGCGAUAGUGCGAUUCACCGACAAGAUAGUGAGCUUGCUCAAAACCGGCGAGGCGGUGGAUAUCCUCACUCAGAUUGCCCCCGCCUUCCACGGAUUCUAUAGGGCAAUUAUCUCCGUAUCAUUCAAUUGGUCUGUCAAAGAAUGGUCUACUCUGUCUCAACUGCUCAAUGCGCUAUUCGACGUCGGUGUCGCUGAACGGCUGAAUCGGCUACUCAUCGACAUAGUACCGAGCGGCGCAGAAGAAGAAGAAAUGGACCAGAUACAAUACAUCCAUACGUUGUUCACUCGAUACGUCUCGCGCGGCAGACCGCUGAGCGGCUACUUCAUCGUAUGCUGCGUCACAGAGGCGGAGUGGACAAUCCUCGCACAGGCAGUGGGCAACGCAACCAUGUCAAGCAAUCCCGGCUAUCCCGACUUUGUAGAAGCGGCCGCCGCCAACAAGGCAUGGCAGGCAUUACUGCGAAGUGCCAUCGCCGACAACACAGUAUCGGAUGAAGGUUGCAGGCAGACGCUGAAGGCGACGCGAGACUAUGCUAUGAAGUCUUUCUCCACCCUGCUGGUACAGAUCGAGGAAAUGGACACAGAGCCAUCGGAGGACAGCUACGCUUGGGAAACAAUGUCGGAGAGUCUGAAAUUGGCGGCUGUGUGUUCAACUGCGUUGGGAGAACUCGACAAAGGACUUUACAACCGACUGAGACGGUUGCUUGGAAUUGAAUCGCCCGCAUGCGACAACAUGGUACGCGAGGCCGCACUCAAGUCUAUUGCCAUCCUGGUCCGCAAUUUCCCUGAGAUUGCUCUUGACAUGGCUGGACACCUCCGUCGCUGGGUCACGUCGCCACUGUCUAUAUUUGAGUUUGAGUUCAUCUCAGGUACGCGGACGCCACCUCCGCUGGUAGCGGCUGCAAAGUGCCUCGCCCUCUGCAUCAAUUUGGCUCCGGGAGACGAUCAGGUCAUGUCGUACAUGUACUCCAUACUCAACUACAUUGCUGCCACAAGCAAGGAGACUAUCGAUGGCACGAGCUCACAUGCCUCGACGGUGACAGACAUGACCGAUAUCUCGACGUUGCACUCAGUAGAAAUCGGCUUGCGUGGAUUGUCGGAAGACGAGAAAAGGACGGUCGGGAUCAGUAGCAUCUCCAUUGCGACUCGAUUGGCACUCGAAUUCCAAUCUGAAGAGGUGACUCGCCUUACGGUGUCAAUGUUGCUGCAACGUUUGCGAACAGCUGAGCCCACUGUGGAAGCAGCCAUUGCAUACAACCUAGUGGAUCUAGCGCUAGUUGCGCCGGAAAGCUCAUUCGUGGACAUCAUCUGCGCCUUCUCCGGCAUCAAUCGCUCCGCGAAUCUAGACGAUCAGAGAUUCUCUAAUAAUCAGGUCCUAGCCGCGCAGACCCGCCUGGCACAAGAACUGCACCGGAGGCCCGAAUUCUACGAUAUCUACCUCGUGGAACUCUUGACGCUCUUCGCAGACAAAGGCGUUGCGAUCCAGAAUGUUGCUAUCUCCAACCAUCUAGCGAAGAUGGAAGACAUGAUCGAGCAACUGGCAUCGCUGCUCUUACCGAUCGACGCGCUUCUGAACCACGAUGAUUUCUGUCCCUCUCCCAAUGCGCCUUCGAACAUCGUGACGUUGUUCCGCAACAUGUGGUUCUUGUGUGUUCUGUUCCAGUUCACGACGCCCAGUGAGCAGAAGCAACAAUCCGCGAUGGACUGGCAGCAGCCCGCCCUGGCUCGCAUCGCUAUGAAGACGCCUCCCCUCAUUUUGGAAGAAGCGCAGGAUACCAUCGUCAGCGACCUUGAAUACAACACGGUCAUACGUCAAGAAUACAUCGAGACAGUCAUAUCGAAACAUCGUUCUCUGUUGGCCAAGCACAUACCAAUCCGUGUCAGCGAAAUACGAUAUCUACUCCCCGGACAGGUCAUCUUCUUGCUUUGCAUGCAUGAUCUGGAGAACAUGCGAUCAGCGGCGGGGCUUCCCUCGUCAUUGGUCACAUUCUUCGUAAACAAUGGAUUGAACAAGAACGCCUCAUUGCAGGCCUGCAUGGAAUCCGUGGCCGAGAAAGUCAUUCGGGGCUGCAUUGGCGAGCUCAACGUGCAGGCGGCCAAGCAGGCUCUACCCCAGGAACUUCCGUUUCAGUUGCGCUCCUUGCUCCUCGCCAGUACGCAUCGUAUUGCCAGUGCUCGUGACAUCGCUUCCAGAUACCUCAAUCGUCUCAUCACUUCGUUCCCAUCCCUUAUGUGUGACCCGCCCCUCGUUUUCGCCAUUCUGGAGGUUUUGACUCUACUACGCCGGGCAUGCGAGAACGAGUUCGUGGACGAGGACAAUCCCGAGUACAUCUAUCAUUCUGACCGUGCCGACAUUACGUUAAAGCUCCCCGACAACUAUGAAGCGCGUAAUCAAAUGCUAGCGGAGUUGCAGAGGAAUGCGAACAGCUGGUUUGAGUUGGCCCUAGGUCGAGCGCCGGUUGAGUUGCACUCCACGUUGCAGAAAUAUCUCGCGGUCAACCAGGUAUUGUCUGCUACAGAGGCAUCGGAACUGGGUGCCUCAGUCGCGCUUCAAUACGGCAGAGCCAUAGGGCCCAUUGACCGCAAGCUGAUGUCGAUAUCUGCAAUGUCGAGCUGGAAGCUUGAUAGCGCCAAACUCAUUGCCAGUCAGAUAGCGUCGAAGGGCUAUUUUGCCGGUGAAGUCAAUGGAUAUAGAGCAGGGCAUAUGGAUGGAUUGGAAAAACAUCACAUCACUAGCUCUGAGUCUGUCGCCGACCUGGAGGCAGAGAAGCUGAAGCUCAAGAUUAUACGUGCUACUGAAGACAUCAGAGAGAAGAGGCAUCCGAUGGCCAUCCGCGAUCUCAAGCGGCUCCUCUUCCGAUGCGCUGCGACUCUCAUCUAUGCUGAUAAGUAUGAGUAUGAUCUGCUACACUACCUCGUCGCACUGCCGUUCGAGGCCUUCACGCCGUCUGCAAUCUCCGCCGGUAUUGAAGCCUGGUCGUGGGUGAUUGCAGAGAAGCCUGAUUAUGAGGUCGCCUUGAUGUCUGAGAUUGGUUCUGCCUGGCUCGCAACUAUCAAGCACGAAAGAGGAAUGUUUUCCAAGGCACUCGACUACACAGACCCAUUCCUUCAUCCCGUUGAGUAUAAUCCCACCGACAAGACUGUCAUCGACCGCAGCACUGCGAGCGCUCGCAGGCUCUUGUCACCGCACACUCUCAUCCUUCAACUACUUUUCAGUAGGAUGCAGGCUGCUAGGUAUCGGAAGCCUGGUCUGAUGCUCCUGCUCCAACGGCUCGCAUUGGCCUCGGCUCGUGCCUAUAAGUCAUACAGCACACACCCACUUGCACGCGAAGUGCGGUUCUCAUUCUUGUUGUUCGGCUUCGAGACGCUCAAGACCUCCCACCUGGAUAUCUUCUGCGAGCAUCAACUUCGGUACAACCUGUAUCGGGCGGCCUUCUCGUGGUUCAGCACACGGCCUCAGUGGUCCUACGGCUCUAACCGCGUGCAGAUCGAUGCCGACAUCAAGUUGCUAUCGGAGUUCCUGAACCAUCUGCAUACAGAUUCAAUCAGAGGGUACCAAGCCAUUUCUAGUUUGAACCCUGGGCAGUCCUCUUCACAGGCCUCUCAGUACAUUGCGUCCCUGAAGAAUCUCAACCUGCCUCUGCGACUCCUCGUAGACAACGAGAUCGCAAGGUUAACAGUGUGGUCGAAUCCGACGAACGACCCGAAACGAGGUCCAGACCAUGUUGUGUCCAUUGAGAAGACUAUGAUGGAUAGCUCAUGGACCAGUGCUGUUCGAAAGACCUGGGAAUUGGACCCCGCAAUUGCUCUUGGACUUGCUGAGCGAUUCAAUCAUCCGACAGUCGACAGAGAAGUUGGCCAUCUCGUGCGGUCCAGUACGCUAGAUACCCUGCAGUAUCCGGAAGCCCUACGAUAUCUAGUUGGAGAUAAGUUAGAUCAGACUUUGCGACGAGACCUGAAGUAUUUGCUGCUAUGGGAACCUAUCCCUCCGAUCCUCGCCGUCAACUUCUUCGAGACGAGAUACCACAACGAUCCCAUACUCCUCCAAUAUGCGCACCGUGUACUGGAGCAGCAUCCAGUCGACCUAACGUUCUUCUUCGUUCCUCAGAUUGUACAGGCUCUUCGUCAUGAUCCGUUGGGCUAUGUGCAGCGCUUCAUCUUCGAGACGGCGAAGAUAUCCCAGCUAUUCUGCCAUCAGAUCAUAUGGAACAUGAAAGCGAAUUGCUACAAGGAUGAUGGAGGAGAGAUUGAGGACCCGAUGAAGCCUAUGUUAGACGACAUGACCGAUCGUGUAGUGAUGUCACUUUCGGGUGAAGCUAAGGCGUUCUACGAGCGCGAGUUCGGAUUCUUCAAUGAGAUCACGUCAAUAUCGGGCAAGCUGAAGCCGUAUAUCAGACGACCCAAACCCGAGAAGAAGGCCAAGAUCGACGAGGAGAUGGCCAAGAUCGAAGUGGACAUCGGGGUCUAUCUGCCUAGCAACCCUGACGGUGUUGUGGUGGAUAUUGACAAGAAGUCUGGUAGACCAUUGCAGAGCCAUGCAAAGGCGCCCUUCAUGGCAACGUUCAAAGUCCGAAAGGAACGCGCUGUGAUCGAGGCUGAUGAGAGCGUCGUUGAAGGCGAAGGGCAAGUGUCAAGAGUAGAGGAGUACGACGUCUGGCAACAAGCCAUCUUCAAGGUCGGCGAUGACUGUCGGCAGGACGUGCUGGCGUUGCAGGUCAUCGCGAUGUUCAAGAACAUCUUCACCAGCGUCGGAUUGAUGCUCUAUCUCUACCCGUACCGCGUCACUGCUACCGCUCCUGGGUGUGGCGUCAUCGAUGUUGUGCCCAACUCGACGUCUCGAGAUGAGAUGGGCCGGGCGAAGGUCAACGAUCUGCUCGACUUCUUCAUCGCAAAGUACGGCGGCGAGGAUACCAUCGAGUUCCAGAAGGCUCGCUUGAACUUCAUACAGUCCAUGGCGGCGUAUUCGGUGGCUUGUUACAUUCUUCAGGUGAAGGACCGACACAACGGCAAUAUCAUGAUCGACGGGGAAGGCCAUAUCGUACACAUUGAUUUUGGAUUCUUGUUCGACAUAGGUCCAGGAGGCGUCAAGUUUGAGCCCAACUCAUUCAAACUCACCCACGAGAUGGUGGUUCUCAUGGGAGGGCGGAACUCGCAAGGUUACCAGAUGUUCCAGCAGCUGACAGUGAAGGCCUUCCUGGCGAUCAGACCCCAUGCAGAUCAGAUCGUGAGCACCGUGCAGAUGAUGCUGGACACGCAGCUGCCAUCAUUCAAGGGAGAGCCGACCAUCAAACGGCUGAGGGAUCGCUUCGCGCUUGGCCUCGCGGAAAGGCAAGCGGCGGAGUGGAUGAUGGCUAUCGUGAGGAAUGCACAUGAGAACGUUAGAAGCACAGCAUAUGACGAGUUCCAAAGGUUGCAAAACGGGAUCCCAUACAAGUAACGCUUUCUGGGUCGUUUUUGAUUCUCGAGUUACGCGGUGUCUUUUUAUUGGCUGCUCUGUAUGUUAACGCCGUCUUACAAAAAGACCAUCGUUCUGGUUC